AUGCAAGGUACCGAAAAUACAAAUGAGUGGAUUAAUUGGAUUGAGGAAGCUAUCGAUAAAGAACAUUUAAAAUUUUAUGAAUAUAAAGAAUUUGAUAAUAUUCAACCUAUUGGUACCGGAGGUUUUGGAAAUGUAUAUCGUGCAAAUUGGAAAAAUUCAAAAAAACAAUUUGCGUUAAAGUCUUUUUUUAGUCUUAAUAGCUUCACCAUGAAAGAAAUAGUUCGUGAGUUAAAAAUUCAACGCGAAGUUGAUUUUCAUGAUAAUAUUAUUCGUUGCUAUGGGAUAACAAAACUUGAAUCAGAAUAUCAUAAUAAUUAUCAGUUAGUAUUGGAAUACGCUGAUGGUGGUACUCUUCGAAGUUAUUUGGAGGAAAAUUUUAAUAAUCUUACUUGGAACGACAAAUAUAAUAUGGCAUACCAGUUAUCUUGUGCCGUAUCAUGCUUACAUGAUGAAAAAAUAGUGCAUCGUGAUUUGCACUCCUGUAAUAUACUAGUCCGUAAUAACAUAAUCAAAUUAGCAGAUUUUGGAUUAUCAAAAAGAAUUGGAGCAUCAUCUAAUUUUCAAUCUAAAUUAUUUGGAAUAAUUCCUUAUGUUGAUCCAAAGAGCUUUAGAAGACAAAGAAACAAUAAUGACCAGUCAACACAAAUGUAUUCAUUAAAUGAAAAGAGUGACGUUUACAGUGUUGGCAUAUUAUUAUGGGAAUUAUCCAGUGGACGACCUCCCUUUUAUACUGAAGGUGAGCAUUAUGAUAUUGGUUUAGCUUUGGAAAUUACACAAGGUCUUAGAGAAACUAUUGUUCCUGAUACUCCUGAUGAAUAUGUUAAAAUUUAUACCAAAUGUUGGGAUGGAGAACCAGAUAAUCGACCAACUAUAUAUCAAGUAAUUGAUUGGCUAAAUGGCAUAUUUUCAAAAACAGACUCAAUAGAAGAAAAUUAUCAAUUAUCAAACAAAGAACCUAAUGAGGCCUCUUUAAGUACUAACAAUUCAGAAUUACAAGGAGAAUUAUCUCAACUUAUUCAAAAUUUUGAUAAAAUGGAUACAAAUGAAAUUAAUUCUAUGGCAAUAUCAAGUGAACAAAAAACUCUUUCAACUGAAAAAGGUUUUAGCAUAAUAGUUGAUAAAAUAUAUGAUUUUAUUUCUAAAAUACUAAGUAAAGGUAUUGAAUGGAAAUUAGUAAAUGAAAAAGUUACUGAAUAUUUUAAUGAUCAAAAUUUAAAUUUACAAGAAAUUUAUAAUUGGUUAUUAAUUAAUCAAAAUAAUAAUGCAAAUCCUAUUUUUUUACUUGGAUAUUUUAAUUAUCAUGGCAUUGUAACAAGUUUAAAUUAUGAGAAAGCAUUUAAUUUGUUUAUUAAUGCAUCAGAACAAAAUCAUUUAUUAGCACAACAUUUUAUUGGUUAUUGUUAUCAAGAUGGAAAUGGAACUAUGAAAAAUGAAAAAUUAGGUUUAAAAUAUUUUGAAAAAGUGGCUAAUCAAAAUUUAUCAUAUAGUCAAUUAACUCUUGGUUAUUGCUAUAAAUGUGGAAUAGGUAUGAAAGAUUUAAAAAAGGCUUUUUAUUGGUAUGAAAAAGCUGCAAAUAAUGGAAACAUAUUAGCAUUAAAUAACCUUGGUAAUUGUUAUAGAAAUGGAAAUGGUGUUGAAAAAGAUUAUAAUAAAGCAUUUGAAUUGUUUAAGCAAUCAGCUGAAGGAGGAUAUUCACGUGGAAUAAUGAUGUUGGGAUAUUGUUAUAAUUAUGGUAUUGGAACUAAAAUCGAUAUACAAAAAGCAAUUGAAUUAUAUCAAAUAGCGGCAAAUUUAGGACAUGAUGUAGCACAAUAUAAUCUUGGUAAUAUGUAUAAAAAUGGAGAUGGAAUUGCAAAAGAUAUAGAUAAAGCAAUUCAUUGGUAUAAAAAAGCUGCUGAACAAGGAUAUCAGAAUGCACAAAAUAAACUAGAGAUACUUCAAAAUAAUCAAUAAUUUAAUUUUCCUUAAAAUUGUAGAUCAUUAAUUUACAGCAUUUAUUUUUCUUAAAAAUUUAGAAACAUAAAUAAACUAUUAUAAUUAUUUUUUAUAUAUAUUUUAUUUCAUGCUAAAACGUGUUUUGUGUCUGCCAUACUAUCUAUCAACAACAGAAAUUUAAAAACGUGGAAAUUCGUUCUUUUUUAUUUUCAGAAAAUAAUUUUGGGAAAAAAUCAAUUAUAAACAGAUAACAGAUAAUAAAAAGUAAAAUAUAAAAAUUUAAAGCUGAGAUAAAAAAUGAAACCAGUCUAUUUUUAAUAUUGUAUAUAAGUAUUUUUGGUUAAAA